UUUUCUCCUGGCUUAAAAUUAAUUUUUUUUUCUCUCCUUUUCUAUUUAAAAAUGAAAAUAACAGAUCAUCGCAAACUGAGGAGAGCACAUUUAAAAAAUAUACGUGAAAGAGAACGUGUUGUUUAUGUUAACAAGGCAUUUUUAAUGCUACGUGCAUGUUUGCCACAAAUGAGAGGAAGGAAAAGACGUGUUUCCAAACUAAAAUUGUUGAGAGCUGCAGUAGAACAUAUAAAAUCUUUAGAGAUAAUUUUGAGAAAUUAA